GAAAAGCCGUGGGCCCUCCCACCGCUAUUGUGCGGGGGAAGAUGUAGCAGCCUCUUCUCCGAACCACCCCUUUGCCUCCGGACUUCUCUGGGGCCAGCAGCCGCCCGACCUGGGGCCCGGGGCCACGGGCUCAGCCGACGACCAUGGGCUCGGUGUCCAACCAGCAGUUUGCAGGUGGCUGCGCCAAGGCAGCGGAGAAGGCGCCCGAGGAGGCGCCGGCUGACGCGGCCCGGGCGGCAGAGGAGCCGCAGCUGCUGCACGGGGCCGGCAUCUGUAAGUGGUUCAACGUGCGCAUGGGGUUCGGCUUCCUGUCCAUGACCGCCCGCGCCGGGGUCGCGCUCGACCCCCCGGUGGACGUCUUUGUGCACCAGAGUAAGCUGCACAUGGAAGGUUUCCGGAGCCUCAAGGAGGGUGAGGCGGUAGAGUUCACUUUCAAGAAGUCUGCCAAGGGUCUGGAAUCCAUCCGUGUCACUGGCCCUGGUGGCGUGUUCUGUAUUGGGAGUGAGCGGCGGCCAAAGGGGAAGAACACACAGAAACGAAGAUCUAAAGGCGACAGGUGCUAUAACUGUGGUGGUCUAGACCACCAUGCCAAGGAAUGCAAGCUGCCGCCCCAGCCCAAGAAGUGCCACUUUUGCCAAAGCAUCAACCAUAUGGUGGCCUCAUGCCCACUGAAGGUCCAGCAGGCCCCCACUUCUCAGGGGAAGCCUGCCUACUUCCGGGAGGAAGAGGAAGAGAUCCACAGCCCUGCCCUGCUCCCAGAAGCCCAGAAUUGAGGCCCUGGAGUGGGGGCUAUUCUUUUGUUAUUGGGGAGUUUCAAGGAGGAGGCAUCAAUCGGCAGGAUGGAGAAAGUGGGAUGGGGUGGGUUGCGGGUGGCUGGCAUUGCCAUGUUUCUCAGGCCGGGGUUCCCAGGAUCACCCUGUCUUCCCUUGGUGGGGGGAAAGGGAGAGUCAAUGGAAACUCCAACCAUGCUUUAUCUACAUGCAAGUGAAGGAACCUGCAUGCCUUAGCUGAGGCUUGAACCCAACACGACAUGCUUUUGAAAGUGGCUGGGAUAGGAAAGUCCUUCUGUAGAAGGCUGUGUGAUAUUUCCCUUGCCAGACAGGGUGUGAAACAAGUGCAAAACCACAUCAAUGAACUUAACCCUCCAGCUACUACAUCCUGUGGGAGGGACUCGCAGGAGCCAGGCAAGGGUUUUCUUUCCACAUCUUGCUUACUCAUAACCCAGUCCUGGGGUGCGGUGCUGGGAACAGUGUCCAGCAGUGGGUUGUGAUGACAGGCAGAGGGUAGCUGGGCAGGGGACAGUCGCAGACCUGCUGUGCUCCCUCACUCCCAGCCCUUCCUGGGCCAAUGUGAUUUUAAUUUAUUUGCGCCCUUGGGUAACUGCACCUUGGUUCCACUUCCUCCAGGAUGCCAACUGCACUGUCUGUGUGCGAAUGACGUAUCUUGUGCGUUUUAGUUUUUUUUCCUUAAUAUAAAUAAUGGGUUUGUAUUUUUGUAUAUUUUAAUCUUAAGGCCCUCAUUCCUGCACUGUGCUCUCAGGUACACAAGCAAUCUCAGGGAUAAGUCCAAGCAGCUCCAGGUCUGCGCAGCAGGAAUACUUUUUGUUUAGAUCACCAUGGAGACCAACCAUUGGAAUGCACAGCCUAUUGAACUACCUCAUUUUUGCCAAUUACAGAUGGCUUUUCUGCCAUAUAGUCCUUAAAACCUCCGUCCACCUUAAAAUGUCUCACAGGAGGCUAGGUUUUAAUUAAGCUACCCAUGACUUGAUCUCACUUUUUUGGGCAAAAGAUUGGAAAUUACACAGGAAAAGGUGGUACAGAGAUGUCAAAAAGCUGGGCCAGGUGAAAGGCACAAGAGUCAUUUUCCAUCCCAAAUCCAUCCUUCACCAGAUUAGUCUGCCAUACACAGCAGGGUGUGAGUGUGUAUGUAUGUAUGUGUGUUGGUUUUUUAAAAUGCAAAUUUAUGAGGAUGAGGUUUUUUUGUUGUUUGAUUGUUUUUAGAUACUGGGAUUGAACCUUGGGCCUCAUUUGUGCUAGGAUGUACCCUGCCACUGGGUUCUCCUGGUAAGGAUGCAGCCUAAGACCAACACCCUUAGUCCCACACUGUGCUGUCUAGGGAUGGGGACGUGAAACAAGGACUCGAAUCCUUAGCCUUUCACAACCUUGGCUUCCAGAGGGACUCUAGGAGUGUGGGCCUCUGUGGCAAGGGUCCUGUCCUGCUGCAGUGUCAUGGUUGGUAGCUAAAGGAGAAAAGGGGGUUUCGUUUACAUGCUGUGAGAUCACCGCACACCUACCUCACUGUGUUGAAACGGGGCAAAUGCAAUAGAGCACAUUGGGUGGGGUGUGUCUGAUCCUGGUUCCUUGUCUCCCCCAAAUGCUGCCCCCCUCUAGUUAUUGUAGUCGUCUGGCCUUUGUAGGACCUCACUGUCUGAGUUGGUGAUUGCUAGGUGGCCUCGAUGUGUAAAUAUAAUGUGUUGGUCUUCAUGUUGUUUUGGGGUUUUAUUGUUUACAAAACUUUUUGUAUUGAGAGAAAAAUAGCCAAAGCAUCUUUGACAGAAAGUUCUGCACCAGAUGACAGACAGCAUGAAACCUAAGGGUGGGGUCCUCUUCUCAAAGGGAGCCUCUGGAACCAUGGUUCCCCUUCUGUUCUCUUCCCAUCUCCCGUUUUGGACCGCAUUCCCUGACCUUAGAAAGCUCCCAUACCACCCUCUUCUCCCUCGUAAGAAACUUACAUACAUUUCCUUCGUGGAAUGUCUCUACAACUCUUGAAUGACCCACGUAAAAAAUCUGAAGAAGCCAUGAACCUCACUCACCCCUUGUUCCCAGACUCAGUCAAGAGUUUUGGUUGGUGGUUUUGAGACAGGGUCUCACUCGGUAACCCAGGUUAGCCCCAGAUCCUGGGCUAUCCUCCUGCCUUAGCCUCCUCAGUGCCGGGCUCGCAGGUGAGUCGCUUCUCCCUGGCAAGACCAUUUCUUGGUGUGAUUCACUUUGGAUGGAUCAAACCAACUUAGUCUAUAACCCUUAGGUAGAGAGAAGCAAUUGUGGGGCCUUCCAUCUGAAGACCAGAAAAGGAAUAUGAAUGUAUAAGUCAAGUCACUCAGGAACUUAAUGCCGGUGCAAGAAACUUAUGUCAAAGUGGCCACAAGAUUGUUACUAGGAGACGGACGAAUGUAACUCCAUGUUUACUGCUAGAAACCAAAGCUUUGUGAGAAAUCUUGA